AGCUUCAUUAAAACCAUCAAAUCAAGUUUAAGAGCAAUUACUCAACAAGGUGAGGGGAAAAGUUUCGUCCGCGAGGAAAAAUAUGCCGGUGAUCAACAACUCCGGUGCCGACAUCGGUGGCGUGAUUGUGACUGCAAGGGAACUUUCAAUCGCAUGGAGCAAUGACCCAAACUAUUGGAAAUGGGUUCCUAUUGACGAAGGAGAAUGGGGUGAAGAAGGGGAAAUUGCGGAGUUGAUACAAGUUAGCUGGCUGGACGUAGAAGGAAGGGUCAAAAUGCAGAACUUAGAAGAGGGGAGAGAAUACGAGGUCAUGUUUUUGGUGAUUAUGGGUAACAUCGGAGCACGAAAUUUUCCGGUCAUCCUCAAGCUUAUAGCGAACGGCGAGGAGCAAGAGAAGACAGUAGACCUCAAUAAUUUGCGUGAUAAAGGGGAGUUGGUGAGUGUCAGCGUCGGCAAGUUUGCUGCUACUUCAAGUGGGGAUGUUGCGUUUUCUCUGGCUAAUCAUGACUCCAGUUUGAAGGAAGGGCUCAGCGUUAAGGGCGCCAUUAUUGAAUCUCGUUCUUAAUUUAAUAAUAAAGAUGAGUAUUAGUUUAAGGUUAUUUUGUCAAGCGAGUGCUCAUGUACUUAUCCUUCUCAAGUUUGGGUGUGUAGUUCACAAUAUAGCGCUGUUGAUGGAAUAAAGCUGUUCGUGUGCCUUUCUCAUGAUAAUAAUAAUAAUAUUAGUAAAUCUUGCU